AACUGCCCCCAGCCCCGGGGCGCGCCCUUCCCCGCCUCCGUGCACCCUGCACGGCCCUGCCCGCCGCUCCCCGUUGCGCACGCCCGAUCCGAGCCGUGCCGUGCCGAGCCGAGCCGAGCCGAGCCGUGCCGUACCGUGCCGGCCCUGCGCAUUGUGGUCCUCCGGCGGGGGGCGAAGAUGGCCGAGAAGCAGCAGAAGCACGACGGGAGGGUGAAGAUCGGCCACUACGUGCUGGGGGACACGCUGGGGGUCGGCACCUUCGGCAAAGUCAAGGUUGGCGAACACCAGCUGACGGGGCACAAAGUAGCAGUAAAAAUCCUAAACAGACAGAAAAUACGCAGCCUGGACGUGGUUGGAAAGAUCAAACGAGAAAUUCAAAACCUGAAACUCUUCCGGCACCCUCAUAUUAUCAAACUGUACCAGGUCAUCAGCACGCCAACGGACUUCUUCAUGGUCAUGGAAUAUGUAUCCGGCGGUGAAUUAUUUGAUUACAUCUGUAAGCACGGACGUGUUGAGGAGGCGGAGGCUCGACGCCUUUUCCAGCAGAUUCUCUCCGCGGUGGAUUAUUGUCACAGACACAUGGUUGUCCACAGGGACCUGAAACCAGAGAACGUGCUGCUGGAUGCACACAUGAAUGCGAAGAUAGCCGAUUUUGGAUUGUCCAACAUGAUGUCUGAUGGUGAAUUUCUACGCACCAGCUGCGGGUCUCCAAAUUAUGCAGCCCCAGAAGUCAUCUCUGGAAGGCUGUACGCCGGGCCAGAGGUGGACAUCUGGAGCUGCGGUGUCAUCCUCUACGCCCUCCUCUGUGGCACUCUGCCCUUCGACGAUGACCAUGUGCCCACCCUCUUCAAGAAGAUCCGGGGAGGUGUGUUCUACAUCCCCGAGUACCUCAACCGCUCCGUUGCCACUUUGCUCAUGCACAUGCUGCAGGUUGACCCUCUCAAACGAGCAACCAUCAAGGACAUCAGGGAACACGAGUGGUUUAAGGAGGAGCUGCCCAGCUACCUCUUCCCAGAGGACCCUUCCUAUGAUGCCACCGUCAUCGACGACGACGCGGUUCGGGAGGUCUGCGAGAAGUUUGAGUGCACCGAGUCAGAAGUGAUGAACAGUCUGUACAGCGGCGACCCCCAGGACCAACUAGCGGUCGCCUACCACCUUGUCAUCGACAACCGGAGGAUCAUGAACCAGGCCAGCGAGUUCUACCUGGCCUCCAGCCCCCCAACCGGCUCCUUCAUGGAUGACACCAUGCACAUCCCUCCCGGUGUGAAGCCGCACCCUGAGCGGAUGCCGCCCUUGAUAGCGGACAGCCCCAAGUCACGCUGCCCUUUGGAUGCACUCAACACCACGAAGCCCAAACCUCUGACUGUCAAAAAGGCCAAGUGGCACCUGGGGAUCCGCAGCCAGAGCAAGCCCUACGACAUUAUGGCCGAGGUGUACCGAGCUAUGAAGCAGUUGGAUUUCGAGUGGAAGGUGGUGAACUCCUACCACCUCAGAGUGCGUCGGAAGAACCCGGUGACGGGCAAUUACGUGAAAAUGAGUCUGCAACUGUACCAGGUGGACAACCGCAGCUACCUCCUGGACUUCAAAAGCAUUGAUGACGAGGUGAUGGAGCAGAGGUCCGGCUCAUCAACCCCGCAGCGCUCGUGUUCAGCCGCUGGCUUGCACCGGCCGAGACUGAGCAUCGAUGCCGCAGCAGCCGCUGAGUGUCAGUCACUUAUGGGGUCCCUGAGUGGCUCCUUCGUGGGCAGCAUCUCCUCUGUGCCCCCGCGCCUGGGCAGCCACACCAUGGACUUCUUUGAGAUGUGUGCCAGCCUGAUCAUGGCUCUGGCUCGCUGAGCCGGGCACCGGACUCCCAGCACAUGGCAUCGCACUGUGAGGACCGGCUCCAACCUGGCCGUUCUGUUGUUCUUCUGCUUCCUUCCUUCUCCUCACCACUGCACAGCCUGCGGCGCAGAGCCAGUUCCUCUGAUAAAAGAUCCCAAGUGCACUCAAAGGACCCUGCCCCUCAAACAAGGCAUCGAAGAAAUCAGGAAUGACUUCAUUUCACUCGUUAGACCAGAGUGAAAUAGACACGAGCUUUUUUAUCCUAGUGAACCCAGUGGAAUACGUGGGCAUGGUUGUAAAGUAGCAAACAUAUCAUUGACUUUCGGUAGACAUCUCCCUCCCGUCUGAUCCUGAAUUCACAGAGCCACGGCCAAACAUUUCUUUCUACAGCACAUAUUGGUUCAGGUUGUACCUCCCAUACUGCUUGGAGCAGGGGGAGGACAGGGCUGAACCUCUGGCAAUGCUUUCAUCCUAAAACAAGCAGCUGCUGCAUGUGCCAUCCCACCCUCUGUUCUUUUUCCCCUACUAAAGAAGGGUGAGGGGUGGCGUGUGCAAAACUCCCAUUGCAGACAUGGGUCAGGGUUGCUGAUUCCCCCAGAUCCGGCUCUCUGCAUCACGGCUUUGGAGCACUUACCUACCAAGUUUCCUGUAGGAAGAUUUUGCCCAUUGUCUCUACCCCAAAAUCUCUGCCAAAGCUGCCUGCCUUCACCUGCCAAGGAUCUGAGAAUGAAGAGCUCUGCUGUCCUGAUGUGGAACGGGUUGGGACCUCGCUGCGCCGUGGAGAAGGCAGGGAUAUCACGAGCAUUUCACUGUUUUUCUGCUACUGGCUGUCUGAAGGAUAGGGUUUUAUAUUUUAAGACAAACUACAAGGAUUUUUCAGGUUCAAAUUCUUGUUAUUCAAGGGUAAACUCUAGUGCAUGUGUGACGAUUUCUUUGUUUAGAAGAAUUAUUACUUCUCAUUGCGUAGGCUUAAUCUAAUGGACAGCGUUGGCAUCUGCUUGGCUUUGCUAUGGUAUUUAAUUCCAUUUACUUGAUUGCAAAGGAACUUAAUAGUCUGAUCAGUCAAGGAACAAAUGCUUUAUGAAAACUUUGCCAAAAAAAAUCCUGGGAGGGUUAUUUUCUUCCUUUUUUGGUUUUGUUUUAAGAAACAAAACAAAGGAGAACAUUAGCAACGUUGCUGGUCCCAGGUAUGCAGUCAUCCAACUUUAAAAACAACCCUGAACCCAUCAUUUUGAUAGCUUAUGUCCCUGGAUGUUUUUUGCUAGGAAUUGUUUCUUUUUUUUUGUACAGUUGCACUUUAAUUUAUACUUUCUGAAAGUUUCUAUUUGCAGCAAGGAGGAGAAUGACACAUUCAACCUUUUGUACUAAUCGUUUUAGGUACCGAAGACAAAUACGGGAUAUUUUUGCCAUCUACUGGCAGAUAAGUGGACAUUUUUCAGCUCGAAGUCCCCUUUUUUAAGAACACAAACUUGCCUUACUUUUGUUACAGAUGACACUUUGAUUCUCACUAGUGUGAAUUUCCAGCUCCAGUUUUAUCAGAAGCCGCACAAAGUAGAAGCCUGCCAAAAAAACAUCAGUUUUGCUGUUCAGCUCUUAUAUGCAGAAUCCAACACGGCAGUGUUGGGAUUACAAACAGCAGAACGAUCUUGUUUUUAAAGGAAACACUGGAAAUCUUUGUAUUAAUUCUAGGUUUUGUAAUGAGUUUUUAUUCUAUGAUCAUUAUGAAAUAAAUACUGUCGGGUGGAGGACAGCUUUGGCAGUGUACCUAGUGGGCAUCAGGCAACGUGCAUCUCCAGUGCUCCAGCAGGAGCAAAAAUGGAGAAUCCAGACUCUUGCAUACAAAAGAACCACGUAGAACCAAAUCUGAGCAGUGUCCAGCUCCUUAGCAGCUUCUGGAUCAGUGCUGAGAUGACAGCCCAGCCAGGCAAGCAGCAUGGGAUGCUUUGGGUGCUGGAGAUCAGCCCCUUUGGAAAGGAGCAGGAGAGGGUGUCUGAGUGGCCAGGGGAACAGUCAGGAAUUCCCAUCUAGGAAAUAGUUAGAGUACCCCUGCUGUGAAGUGUGUUUGAGUGUAAAAGGCUGUUUAAGUCACCACUUGUAAUUUAGCAUCUUGCCAAGGCGCUUGUCCUGGAAACAAGUGUGGCCCAGCUGAUUGUGUGUUUGUGUGUUAGAUGUAAUCUGCAGUUCAGGAGCACGUAGAUGUACGGAUGUCUUGCCUUAAAAUUACCCUUGUCCUCCCCAGCAGGACUAGUGGUGUUCAACAGCAGCACAUCCCCCCAGGAAGGAAUAUUUUCUUCCUGAAUGCAGGUGGGAUUUCUGAGUAGAGGAGAAGACCUUGGGGCACUUUUCAUCUUAGAAUCGUAGAAUCACCGAGGUUGGAAAAGACCUGCAAGAUCAUCUAGUCCAACAAUCCACCUACCACCAAUAUUUCCUCACUAAACCAUGCCCCUUAGUACAACAUCUAAACGCUUCCUGAACACAAGAAAUGGGUCUUCUCAGACCCGUACAAACACUAAUGUAUGGAUUUGCAAAACCCAUCCUGCCAAGGCAACAAGAGUGCCUCAGGAUUCCGGACAAAUGCCGCCAGAGGCAUUGCUGCAAGGAGUCAGGCCAUGCCAAGUGGUCACUAUGUGCUCCUGCCCAGGACCUCCUCGGUGAACAGCUCAGAUUAAGCUGUCCAUGAAACAGCCCUCCCCGUGGUCACUCCGUGUUUUGAGAUGGUCGGAGAAGUUUCACUGUUUUAAUUUUUAUUUUUAUAUUUUACCUCGGAAUAGGCUGUUUUCUGGUUCCUGGCUGCUACGAAGCUAUUGACCUCCAGUUACGCUUUUUGGAGUAAAAAGUUUCAUUUGUACACUGUUA